AAAGGAAGGCGGGCGUCGGGCAGCCCACACGAUGUUCAGCUGGAUGGGGCGGCAGGCGGGCGGGCGCGAGCGCGCCGGGGGCGCCGACCCGGUGCAGACGGUGACGGGCGGCCUGCGCUCGCUCUACCUGCGCAAGGUGCUGCCGCUGGAGGAGGCGUACCGCUUCCACGAGUUCCACUCGCCCGCGCUGGAGGACGCCGACUUCGACAACAAGCCCAUGAUCCUGCUGGUCGGCCAGUACAGCACGGGCAAGACCACCUUCAUCAGAUACUUACUGGAGCAAGAUUUCCCAGGCAUGAGAAUUGGUCCUGAACCCACUACCGAUUCCUUCAUUGCUGUGAUGUACGGGGAGACUGAGGGCAACACCCCAGGGAAUGCAUUGGUUGUGGACCCCAAAAAGCCAUUUCGAAAGCUCAGUCGUUUUGGAAAUGCUUUCUUGAAUCGAUUCAUGUGCUCCCAGCUGCCCAAUCAGGUCUUGAAAAGCAUCAGUAUCAUUGACAGCCCUGGUAUCCUGUCUGGGGAGAAACAGCGCAUCAGCCGAGGCUAUGACUUCUGCCAGGUCCUGCAGUGGUUUGCUGAGCGGGUGGACCGCAUCAUCCUGCUCUUUGACGCUCACAAACUGGACAUCUCAGAUGAAUUCUCAGAGGCCAUCAAGGCCUUCCGGGGCCAGGAUGACAAGAUCCGCGUGGUACUGAACAAGGCCGACCAGGUGGACACACAGCAGUUGAUGCGCGUGUACGGGGCCCUCAUGUGGUCGCUGGGCAAGGUUAUCAACACACCCGAGGUGCUCCGCGUCUAUAUUGGUUCAUUCUGGGCUCAGCCUCUGCAGAACACAGACAACCGCCGCCUCUUUGAGGCAGAGGCCCAGGACCUCUUCAGGGACAUCCAAGGUCUCCCCCAGAAGGCAGCUGUACGGAAACUUAAUGACCUCAUCAAGAGAGCCAGGCUGGCCAAGGUGCACGCCUACAUCAUCAGCCACCUGAAGAAGGAGAUGCCGAGCAUGUUCGGGAAGGAGAACAAGAAGCGAGAGCUCAUUAGCCGGCUGCCAGAGAUCUACAUCCAGCUGCAGCGCGAGUACCAGAUUUCCGCAGGUGACUUCCCCGAGGUCAAGAUCAUGCAGGAGCAGCUGGAGAACUAUGACUUCACCAAAUUCCACUCGCUGAAGCCGAAGCUCAUCGAGGCGGUGGAUCACAUGCUGACCAACAAGAUCUCUUCCCUCAUGAAUCUCAUCAGCCAGGAGGAGACCAACAUGCCCACGCAGCUGGUGCAGGGCGGCGCCUUCGACGGCACCGCUGAAGGCCCCUUCAACCAGGGCUACGGAGAGGGGGCCAAGGAGGGGGCCGACGAGGAGGAGUGGGUGGUGGCCAAAGACAAGCCGGUCUAUGACGAGCUCUUCUACACCCUGUCCCCAGUCAACGGCAAGAUCUCAGGGGUGAACGCCAAGAAGGAGAUGGUCACUUCCAAGCUGCCCAACAGUGUGCUGGGCAAGAUCUGGAAGCUGGCCGACUGUGACUCUGAUGGCAUGCUGGACGAGGAGGAGUUCGCGCUGGCCAAGCACCUUAUCAAGAUCAAGCUAGAUGGCUACGAGCUGCCCAACAGCCUGCCCCCACACCUUGUGCCCCCCUCCCACAGGAAGUCUCUGCCCAAGGCCGACUGAGGGCUUGGGGAGGCAGCAUGGGUGGGGAUGGGGGGACCAGGACCUAGAGGCCACUCUGCCACACGUUCUGCCCAGAGUGACCCUGGGCCGAGCACUGCCGCUCUGUGCCUCAGUUUCCCUGUCCAUAGACUGGAGAGGGCAGACACUGGACACUAGGCAAGGGUCCUCUCACCCCUGCAGUUCCUGUUUCCUUUCAAAGCUUGGAGGGGAGGGAGUGAGGAAGGUAAAAGGGUUGAGGUGAAAG